AUGCUGGAGGAGGGUACCGUUUCAUCGGGAUGGUACGCGUGCGAGUACAAACCACCAGACUUCCCUGUUACCGAUAAUGCCGAGGGAAAGGAAGCACGCUCCGGUGAAGUCCACAAAAGGUAUGUCUUUGGCCAUCACUCCCUCCGUCCCCUUAAUCAGAACAGUCUUGGGGCGGUGUGUGAGUUUGUGCUCAGGCACCAAUUGUAUGCUCCAGGGGGGGGGGUUGGCUUACUGGACUGUGGAGCACGUGAGGCCCCGAAUUCCGAUUGGUGGAGCCGCGAUUCCGGCCUCAUUGGCUUGUCUUUGUUCUUCAAACGUUUCACCUUCCCUUGUUGCUUCUCGCACCAGAUCCUCUGUGGAUCCAGGGUGCACCGAGUUUUCGGUGGUUCGCUUCGACAGACCUCGCUCAUGGGUUUCGUCCGUCAGUCAUCUACAACAGAAUCCGGCGCCUCUGGAAAUCGUACACCCCCACAAUCAGACCCUUCUACGCCCACCAAUAACGACACUUCGAUCAUUUUGGGUACCCCUGAGGCUUCGGCUUGUUUUUCAACAAGCAUUUCUCGACCAUCAGAGCCUCUUUCAUUCGUCUCUUCAACCGGUGCCAUUGUCACGCCUCCUUUGGUGGCACCCAAAGACUUGCGAUCCCCUCCACGUCGGCACCAAAAACCGCGUCGGUCCAGCUUCGUCACCCAACGGCACGCUUUUGUGGCCGCCAAACGCGAAGCCGAGGGUAAUACUGGGUCGAUUUCGCGUCAGGGCAACUACGACGGCCUUAACUACGCCCCGAUGUACCAAAAUCCUGUCAGCCAAUCCGGUGUCUCCAACACCUUUGCAAGUCAGAGGGCCAGAAGGAUGGCUCAACUUGCCGCCCAGGGUGCAAGUAGACGGGUUGAAAGCACCGACAGGCCAUCUAAGCGCUUAGCCGAAGAGGUCUCGCAACCAGAUCGGAGCUUCGUGUUUGAUGAGAAUGCGGACUUUUCGGUCCAGCCGUUAAAGUCUCGGAAAACCUCUCUCUCGCCGGCUGCAUUGACUAAUCAGGAGAACGAUGUUCUAGGCGAGGUUUUGAAUGCGAUCGUCGACAGCCCAGUGGCUAAAUCGCAGUCAAGAAAACUUGCGACCAUUAAAGCAAAAAGAGGCGAUCGCAACUCGGGAUCGAAAAACCCACUCCAGCCUAGGGUGCUACUCGAGGCGAAUGGAAGCGUUCCCGAUCCCCCCAGCGGUAAUGGCGAACCCCAUUCAUUGGUGCUGUCAACAAGUCACCUUGAUACGGAAACACAGAUCACUGUCGAAUUGUCGGGAACCUGGACCGACACGCCAGUUCAGGCGGGCGAUAUCAUCAACCUCGUUCCGGGCUCCGGCGACGCUUGCCUGCCAAACCCACGGGGCGGCAGGUGGAGAGUGUCCGACGACCCAGUGACCCGCGCCGAGUGUGUCCCCCCACUGCUCAUUCUCCACCCGGAUGUGCUUAUUUCCGGGACCACAGUGGCUGCCAGCAGCACCUGCAUUCGGCGCUACGUGAUGCAGCAUUUGUGGGCGGAGAACGACCUCGUUCCGCUCUCCGAUCUCACCUCCGAUCCUGCUCAAGCCAGGGUGUCUGGAAGUCAAUUGAUGCUGGCUGGCAGCAUUAUUCACGAAGUCUUCCAAACGGCUGUCAGACAGCGCGUUUCAGGGUGCCGCAAACCGCUCGACGCCGUCCUCUCUCAAAGUCUCUUCACACCGUCCAAAAUCCUUCAACUAUACGCAAUGGACGCAACAGCGGUGGACUUCUGUGAAUCCUUGGAGCAAUUUUUGCCUCUGGUCGAUCGCUGGGUGGCUGAAAACUGCAUUUUCGGAAAGUCACCCACCGGAAAGCCAACGUUGAAGGAGGUGCUGGACGUAGAGGAGAACAUUUGGUGUACAAAAAUCGGUGUAAAGGGGAAAAUUGACAUGACAGUUGUUAGUCGCGCGGCUCCUGAGGACAAGCCCUGUCUCAUUCCACUGGAACUCAAAACAGGCAAGCCGUCUUUCUCCGUUGAACACGUCGGACAGGUUCUCCUCUACCUCCUGAUGCUAUCUGAUCGUCACGCGGACCGAUGCCGCGACAAGUUUGAUGUCAGCAAGUUCGGCUGGCUUGUGUACCUGCACGAAGGCGCAAAGUCGGAGCGCGGCCUCGUGAAGCCGCAGGCGGCGAGUUUUCGAGGGCUCAUUCAGUCGCGCAACCAGCUUGCCGCCUCCCUGCGGACGCUUCUUUCCCUCGACAGGUUGGCCGACGAGUCGGGCGACUGGAGCCCGCCACUCCCACGGCCUGUUGACAGUGAACGCGUUUGCUCGCGUUGCCCGUACACUCUAACCUGUGGAGUGUUUCGUGAUGACAGAUUACGACCUCCGCCGAAUGCCGAAGUGCGAGAGCUUUUUGACAAGCGUGUCGGACACAUCUCGGCCGAUCACAGACGCUUCUUGCGUCGUUGGACGCGCCUCCAGCUGCUUGAACACGCCUCCAGCGAUCGUGUGGACAACGUGCUAGCGCAAAUAGCCUCUGAAUCUGCCGCCAGCGCUGCAGAAACCUCGACUAGUGGCAUUCGAGACUUGGUUAUUCAUGGCAGCAGCAAACCGGACAGCCAAAACGGCUUCUUAACUGCCCUCAAAAGUCGAGAUGGUGGUUCAAUUAAAGUUCGUGGCAUGUCGAACGGGGACUUUCUGAUCGUCAGCAGCGACGACGGACGUCACAUUGGACUGUGUUUGGCUUUUCUGACCGGUCUAGACGACGAGGCCUCGCUGGAAUCCGGCACGGCGUUCGAUGUUCUCACCAUCCGGACGGACAGACCCCUUCCAUCCUGGGUGGAGAGUUUCCGUUUGGAUCGGUGUAUAUCUGACAAGACAGUCCAGAUCAACCUCUCCAAUCUCGUGGGUCUAAUGGCAGACUCACCCUUGUGGGAAGCAGUUAGGAGUCAACGCUCUGCCACAGGAAACACCAUCGGCGGCGUUGUGUUGAUCCUAACACCCAGUCCGUUUCCACCACCACCACCACCGCCACCAACACCACCACCAUCAUCAUCACCACCACAAACGCCAAAAACAGUCGACCUUUGCCUUCUCUUAGUCGUACCUCUUGGUGCUCUGUUGCAGUUCGCGUCUACGACGGUUACUGGUCGAUUGCGAGAGCCCGCGAUUCACCAACUCACUAACCAAACCGAUGCUUCUGCAAAGUACCUGAGGCCGCUCAACGUGCACCAGCGCAAAGCCAUCCUCUCGGUCCUCAUGUCGAAGGACUACACCCUCAUUGAGGGCUUUCCUGGCUCCGGUGAGGUCUUUCUCUCUCCUGCUUUCACUACUUACAACUCGUCGAUAGAUGUGGCUAUCGUUCGCCAAACCCGCAAAACGGAGACGCUAGCUGCCCUUCUGCGUUGUCUCUGUCUGUUGCAGAAGAGGACCCUCCUCAUCUCGCACACCCACUCGGCUGUCGACAACGUCCUCCUCCGGCUCACCAAGGACUCGGAGGUCAGAUUCGUGCGGCUGGGUGCCCCUGACAAGGUCAAUCCACUCCUGCGGCCGUACAACUUGGAGAGCCGUCUCUCUGAGACGAUUUCUUCCGUCUCUGGUGCUGGGUCCGUCGCCUCGGAGUGCUCGCGUGUUGUCGCCUUCCUCGAAACCACCAUGUCAGAGGCGGUAAGUUCCACUCGUUGCCUUCAAAGGGCUCUGGCAUCCGUCCGAGCUGGAACUUUUGUUGGUCUCGAGCCAGCAUCCUCAGAUCUCGAGGCUGUAGAUUCAACGAUUGCCGUGGAUAUCCAGAGAGCACAGCUGACGUUUGCUUGGCUGGCUCUGACCAAUUUCCAACUUGGAGACGCACAUUGUGGAUACAUUGAAGGCACAUACUGGGGCGUCUUAGACAAGACACGUUCGAUAGCUAAGUCGCGACUUCUGAAGCUGGUAGUCGGCAGCACAGCGCUGGCUGCUGGAGGCGCUACCAGCCACAGACACCCAGCUCUAGCCAGACUCCGAUUUGACGUUGUGGUGGUGGACGAGGCCACCCAACUCUCCCUACCAACCGUUAUCGGUGGCCUCUUGUGCUUGGACGAAAAUUCGGGCCAGUUUGUUCUCAUCGGUGACCCCAAUCAGCUGCCGCCUUUGGUGCGGUCCAAUGCUGCCAGAAGUGGAGGAUUUGCAACCAGUCUGUUUUCCCUCUUGACUCCCAUUGUGGAGCGAAACGAGGCCACUCAGCUGCCCGAGGAGUCAGUUUCACUGGGGAGUUGCCGUGUACAGCUGAGAUCACAGUAUCGCAUGAACUCGCGUAUCCUACACCUAGCCAACAACCUGUUUUACGACGGUCAAAUGGAAUGCGCAUCCGACGGUGUUGCCACCGCCACCCUCCAUCUGCCCCCAACUACCUCUGAGUCCAAAGCAUGGCUCAAUCCGGUACUCUCGUCAGAACUCGGCGAUUCUGUCGUUUUCCUGGACACUCAGGCUGCCUGCAAUCCGGACAAGGCAGUUUCGCGUGGCAACGUGAACGUCCAGGAAGUUGACCUGGUCGUCGAAAUCGUCGCGCGUUUGACCCAGGUGAGCAAGGACUGUCUCCUUACUUCGGUAGCCGGGACGCGCAUUGGCCACGGACACUGUGUCCGACAUUGGCGCACUCUUUCAGUGUCUCCCGGGGAUAUUGGCGUGAUAGCCCCCUAUCGGGCACAGGUGGAGUCCAUCCAGCACCGUUUGAGGCAGCACCACGGCGGGCGGUCGGCGUUCGAGGUGAACACGGUGGAUCAGUAUCAGGGCAGAGACAAGUCUGUGAUCAUUGUCUCCUUCACCAACUGCUUGCAUUCCAGCUCCAUGGAUCACCAGGAAGCCGAGGCGGAAUCGGACGGUACUUCGAGUGGCAGAAGGACAUCGUCUCUGCUCAACGAACGGCCACGUCUCAAUGUGGCCCUGACACGUGCCAAGCAAAAGUUGAUUCUGAUUGGUUGUGCGGGCCACUCAAGGACAUUUCCAGCGCGUCAUAUAAGUGUGCUUGAAGAAAUGCUCACAGUUUUCCUUAAACUGGUCAAUGCAACCAUCACCACCACCACCUCCUCUUCCACCACCUCCACCAAUAUCACCACCAUCAUCAUCAUCACCCCCACCAUCUCCUCCUCCACCGCCACCACCACACCCUCCACUACCACCAUCUCUUCCUUCACCACCACCAUCACCUCCUCCAUUACCUCCUCCACCACCGCCGCCACCACUGCCACAGCCACCGUCUCAACCAAUCCGGUUACGACACCUUAA